AUGGCAAAAAGAAUUAGACUUACUUCAGAAGACCUUGAUUCCCCAUCACCCAAAAGAACUAAGACAACACACGAGAGAGAUGGGGUUGAGGUCUUCCAAGGCCAGCACUUGAAUCCAUCACCAACAACCAACGAACAUUUGACGGGAAGCAACGAUACCCCGGCAUUGAACACAACAGAGGAGCCAUCCUCAAUUUCGCAACAACAACAAAACAAAGACGAAGAGAGCACAUCAACCCAAGCAGAGCUCCGAGUAUCACGAACACCAAACCCGGAAGGGGGCAGGGGGGCCCAGGAGCACCUACGAGCAAGUCCUUCCUUCAUCCCUGAACUGGAAAUGCCAUCAACAGCAUGGUUAACCAUCCCACAACACAACAACAAAAAAAUAAUCUUCACAAACCCCUGCCACCGGCCAUCUGCACCACGAAGAACAUUACCAACGCCACCACCUGAAACUCAAACCGGACGGGCCAUUAAGAGGAAAAGGAAAGCCGAGAAAUCAAACACAGAACCGGGGUUUACGACCUUCGAGGACGACACAGCAACUAAGGACAACAUCACCGAGUUGGAAGAUGAAUAUUUCGGGGCUGCUAUGGCUAGUGCUCAUGACUGGGUGGAAGUUUAUAUCCAAAAAACGGCUUUUGCGUAUGCCAACAAGAUCGUGGAUUGGAUCUUGCCUGUGGCUAAGCAUGCCAGUGAGACGACCGCUGGAGAGGAAGGCAGUACGCUUGAAAAGAAACUCUUGAAGUGGAAGACAGAGAUGCAAUGGAAGUGGGAUGCUGCAAACCUAACCAGGGAAAUGUCUAGCGGGAGGAAUUGGUUCCUGGCAGAAUACGUCGAGGAACUGGCGGACUUGGUCGACGAGACAGUGAGAGUUGGGGGCCUAGAUGCAGUGGAAGUAAAACUCGAAACUCAGAAAGAGGUAGACGCGUGGGAAACAAUGUCUAUCAAAGUUAUUGGCUACUGUCAAGGCAAGGGGCUUUACGGGAGGGGGUGGUCGGAAUGGGGAGAUAAGGACGAAGACAAUUAUGACCGCUUGGGACGCUGUCGGAUUGGCGGUGGCAUGAUGUAA